AUGACUUCAACACAAUCCCACUCAGAGCACGGCCAAUUCCACCUCGAAGAGGCUCUAGGCACACCUCCAUAUAUCGCGGAUCUUCUAAGGGAGAUGUCGGAUAACAGCCACCAGACGGUAUCCGGCAUCAGCUCACAACACAUUGCGGACCUUGCCGGCGGGAUGAGAGAGUGUGGCAAUAGUUCAGCCUCGUCUCAUUGUCCUAUGCAAGAAGUAUUUGACACCACCUACGAGUUUGCACACGACCAGUCCAGGUUGUAUGGAAAUACUGGAUUUCCUGUCAAUGGUUUCACCGUUUUCGACACUACUCAGCCAUCAACUACGCACCACCUUCCUCCAAGCGCCAGCGGCUACCUCGAUGACGAUUUCCUUUUUCCUCAUGGGAACUUCGCGACCCCCGUUGAUGACCUAUCGGGACAGCUUGAUCCGUAUCACAUGCAGCCUAUUGCCAGCAUCCAUACAACGGUACCUGGAUAUGAUACCGUUACAUAUACUGGCGAUCUUGAUGUCAAUGCCCCUUACAGUUUGGAUCGGCCUGUAAUAAUAGCCACUGGAAAUGGUUCCUCUGUACAAGCGGAUGACUCUGUUCUACUGUCAACACAUUUUUGGAGGAUGCCCGACAGUGCCUCAUGGCUGUCUCAACCUGUAGAGACAACUCCGUGUUCCACAAAUCCCAGACCUAUGGCCCCACCAAAUGAUGCUGUCAGUCAAACUGAUAGGCGCGUCUCGACCAAGAGAAAGCGAGCCACAUGCUCAGGGAUAUUUGGGGCAUGUCCGCAUCGAUUCGAAGACACCCGGUGCUUCACGCAAGUCGAGAUCGCUGCGUGCAACAGGCUCUGUAACCUGUUGACUGGCAAACCUCUUGACUGGAGUAUCUACGGACUGAGGUCGGGCGACGUGAAGCUAUUUCGCAGCAAAUGGCCAAAUGUCCGGGAAGACCAACUUGAUUCCUGUUGGAAAUACAUAAAUUGCUUCAGAAGCUACAACAUGUUGAUUCACAGGCAAGGAUUAUGUGAAGUUGCUAACGAUAAGAAGAAAAUGAAUACGGUCUUCCGACAACAACUCCACUAUCCCACCCAGAGUUGGGAGAAAGACUUGAGUGACUUGCUCAUCGAGGUACUCGACACACUAGCUGAGUGGGAUAUAGGCCAGCUGGAAGUUUAUCCUAGUGGUGUGCAACCCAGCAUACACAUUGGAAAUGCCCCCUUAAGCGCCUCAGAACUGUCAACAUCGAACAUAGCGUUCAGUUUUCCCUACACCAUCUUUCCAUUUGACAGCUCAAUCGACUUGAGCUACCGUGAGGAAACAGGAAACUCUGCCUGCCAAUCCACUGGGAAUCAAGAUUCUAGCCAGGAGGAUAUGGCUGUGUUGGAGACGCCACAUCCUGAGUCUCCUCCUCUCACUUACAUUCAGGCUAUUGAGGCCACCGACAAUAACCAACGGUUUGCAGGAAAAUCAUGUGAAGGAAAGCUACUCUCAUGCACAUGUGAACGGCGAUACCCUGUGCAGCUCUUGACUGGUAUAUAUCUGGAACUAUUCCAAUUCAUCUAUGCUGCGCAAAGUGGUGGAAAAGAGGCUGACUGGAAUGUCUUUGCCCCGGAAUACCGCAACAUGCCUCGGGGUGGUUCAGCUAAUUUUGGAAAGGUGGUGUGUGGCGGUAAUACAAACAAGCAGAUACUACGGAAAUACAUGACCCAGUGUCGUCGAGUCAUAUGCCAAACACAUGAUCAGGGGUUUUGUAGACAUCUGAUGGAGCAGUUGAGUCAGCAAGGCAUCAAUGGGAACUUCACCCAAAAACCAGUGGACUUUGUCGACAGUUUCAAGGCGGUCAAAGCUCUUCCUGAAUCCGCUUGGACAAUUGGUCGCCCAUCACUGUUUCAGGCAAUUGAAGAUGAUAGUUCAUACAUAGAGUUGCCAUUUCAGUCCAAUCCUGUAACCACAAUCUCUUCAUGA